AUGACUAAAAGAGCCUUCAUUUUUUUGGACAUGUUGUUUUUUCCUGUGAGUUCCGCCAGCCAGCAAGGCUGUGGUGGGGGGCGACGCAGUAGUUCUCAACAGAUCUCAGAUCACUGUCUGGUGUGGCUCUUGGGGCUAGUCCUACACCUAGCUUUAUCCUCAUGUCAACGGGUCGACCUCAGACACCCCAUAGUCACCACUGGCUACGGAAAGUUGCGUGGCAUCAGAAAGGAGCUCAACAAUGAAAUCUUAGGCCCGGUAGAACAAUACCUGGGUGUGCCAUACGCCACCCCACCUAUUGGCGAACGUCGCUUCCAGCCUCCUGAAGCACCAGGAUCCUGGCAAGAGAUCCGAAACGCCACCCAUUUUGCACCUGUGUGUCCCCAGAAUGUGCAUGGAGUAUUGCCUGAGAUUAUGCUGCCAGUGUGGUUCACAGACAAUCUGGAUGCUGCUGCAAGCUAUGUUCAGAACCAGAGUGAAGAUUGCUUGUACCUCAACAUAUAUGUGCCCACAGAAGAUGGUCCGCUCACAAAAAAACAUGAUGAGUCUACAAUGAACAGACCGAGGGAUGAAGACAUCCGUGACCGCCGUAAGAAGCCUGUGAUGCUUUUCAUCCACGGAGGCUCCUACAUGGAGGGCUCAGGGAACAUGUUCGACGCCAGCGUCCUUGCUUCGUAUGGAAACGUCAUCGUGGUCACCAUGAACUACCGCCUUGGCGUGCUCGGGUUUCUGAGCACUGGAGAUCAGGCUGCCAAAGGAAACUAUGGCCUACUGGACCAGAUCCAGGCCCUGCGUUGGCUCAAUGAAAACAUCGGCCACUUUGGGGGGGACCCCGAGAGGAUCACCAUCUUUGGCUCUGGAGCGGGCUCCUCGUGCGUCAACCUGCUCAUCCUCUCCCAUCACUCGGAGGGUCUGUUCCAGAGGGCCAUUGCCCAGAGUGGCUCAGCCAUCUCCAGCUGGUCUGUUAACUAUCGACCCCUGAUGUACACCAAGAUCCUGGCCAGGAAGGUGGGAUGUAGUCUGGUGGAUAUGGCUGAACUGGUGGACUGCCUGAGGAGGAAGAGUUUCCGUGAGUUGGUCGACCAGGACAUCCAGCCUGCCCGCUACCAUAUUGCCUUUGGGCCUGUCGUGGAUGGGGAUGUGGUGCCAGACGAUCCGGAGAUCCUCAUGCAGCAAGGGGAGUUCCUGAACUAUGACAUUUUGCUGGGUGUCAACCAGGGAGAGGGCCUGAAGUUUGUGGAUGACAGUGAAGGAGAGGAUGGAAUAACAUCCGCUUCAUUUGACUACACCAUCUCCAACUUUGUGGACAAUUUGUAUGGAUGUCCUGAUGGUAAAGAUAUCCUGAGGGAGACCAUAAAGUUCAUGUACACAGACUGGGCUGAUAGGGACAACAGUGAUAUGCGUAGGAAGACCCUCCUCGCUUUGUUCACAGACCACCAGUGGGUGGCGCCAGCUGUGGCCACGGCCAAGCUCCACGCUGAGUUCCAGUCCCCCGUCUACUUCUACACUUUCCACCAUCACUGCCAGACUGAAGCAAGGCCAGAGUGGGCUGACGCAGCCCACGGGGAUGAGAUCCCUUAUGUCUUUGGGGUACCCAUGGUGGGAGCUACCGACCUUUUCCCCUGCAACUUCUCCAAGAAUGACGUUAUGCUCAGUGCCGUUGUUAUGACCUACUGGACCAACUUCGCCAAGACAGGGGAUCCUAACCUGCCAGUUCCUCAGGACACUAAAUUUAUCCAUACCAAGCCAAAUCGCUUCGAGGAGGUUAUCUGGACCAAGUUCAGCUCCAAAGACAAGCAAUACCUGCAUAUUGGCCUGAAGCCUCGUGUCAGAGACAACUACAGGGCAAAUAAGGUGGCCUUCUGGCUGGAACUGGUACCACACCUCCACAGCCUCUGUGCAGAGAUCAUUGGCACCUUCACAACCCGCCUGCCCCCUGGAGGCAACAACCGCUGGAAAGGCCCUCAUGGCUCUGGUGCUCGAUCUACUCGACACCCGGUGAUUUCCACCUACCCCCCAGAUCCAGAUCCUGAAGGUUCUGAGCGGCCCCGCUAUCCUCCCUUUCCAGAUGAGACCAGGGAUUACUCCACUGAGCUGAGUGUGACGGUUGCUGUUGGUGCCUCGCUCCUCUUCCUGAACGUGCUGGCCUUCGCCGCCCUUUACUACAAACGGGAUAAGCGCCAGGAACUCCUGCAGAGGCGUCAUCGCCGCCUGUCCCCGCAACGUGGCACUGCCAUGGGCAUGGGCGUCAGCAUGGGAGUGGUAGGGGCCCCACCGCACAACGACCUGGCCCUCAGUCAGGAAGAGGAGCUCAUGUCGCUGCAGAUGAAGCAGCAAAGAGUGGAGCUGGAUCACGGCACGCCCCUCCCAUCGCGCGGUGUCCACGGCGACCUGGAGCCCCUGCGGCCUCCCGUGUGCCCACCUGACUACACUCUGGCCCUGCGGCGGGCACCGGAGGACGUGCCACUGAUGACGGCCAACACCAUCACCAUGAUCCCUAGCACCAUCAGCGGCAUGCAGUCCCUUCACCCCUUCAACACUUACCCCCCUGUCCCUGCCCCAUCUACUACCCCUGUCCCCAGCCACAGCAACAAUGCCCUGCCACACCAACACUCCACCACCCGCGUAUAG